AAAAAAAAAAAAAAAAGAAAAGACGCUUUUUCGGUCAUGAAGAUCAUUAUCAAGUUGAUCCUCUGCUGAGACUUCAAGCGCUGGAAAAAGUGGACUCUGUGACUAAAAUCGGGCUGGGUUGGCGUGGGAAAGCCAAGUGUUUGCAGAGAAAAGGUACACCAAGUUAGCAGGAAAAGAAUCACUUCAUGCAUUGUGUGGAUUGUCGGUAUCUUAGUGUCGGGUCAAUGACAUUCUGGAUCGACAUGAAAGGCAUAGAGUACCUCCUAUGUAGAAUGUCUUCCUGGAAUCAGUGAUUGCAUUCUUUGCACAGCUUAUGCCGAAUCCUGAGGCAAUUAGGCGAUGAGUUUAGUUUUUUUGGGCCUCUUUGUGCGUGAUAUAUGAUGUUACGUUCGCGGGUAUGAAGACUUCCGGCAAAGUUUCCGUGAGGGAACUCGGAUCCAGGGACGAAAACAUCACCAAACUGAUGAACCGGGGGCGCCAAGCAGCCCAGGCUGAAUGAGAACAUCCCUCGACCAGUUGCGACUCUCGUUACCGUUUGAAACGCUGACCAGACUUCUAUUUUGGCAACAUUGUGCCUCUGCACCAUCAUUUUUUCGUUCUAGACGGGCCCGGCGGCUAAUUGUGUCUGGCACUUCGACGACGCUUUUCGAUCGGUAGGAUGAUAAUGAUCGAUGACUUUGGCUUCCAUUGAGACGGCUAGCUAUUUAUUACCUUUGAUCCUAGCAGCACGGUUCUCGAAGCUCUCGGCUCGGUGACGAUGAGCCACGGCAGCUCUCCAGCUGGCGCUUCUACAGAGCUGCCACUUCUCUAAGCUUUGGCAGAGUGUCAACUCCAUAGUCUGUGGUCCAAUUGCCAUGGCUUAUUGGAGAAUUUGAAUCGCAAUAGAAUCCUUCUAUUCAGUUUUGAUUUCAUCUUGGUUCUCUCAUGGCAUUGCAGCCAUCUGUUGCUGACAUUCAGGUAUAUAAGGGACAGCUUUCCCUUCGGGCUCAUGAUAUCCCCAUUUCUGCUCCUUACAAGCUUCCUCAAUCAGUAUCGUUGGACCAAUCCAGUCGUUACUCGUUACCCUUAAAAAAAAUAACACUAUCCAUCAAUUAGAAUGCGUCUUCGAAGUUUCCUCUUAUCUAUCGCUUUAAUCGACGGUAUUCUUGCCGGUAGUUGGGUGAAGCUCGAGCCCUUUCACACCAAGGCGCUCCUGGCUCGUCGGGGCCAAAAGGACGGUUCCUUCACCCCUGGCACAAGCCCAGGUACAGGCGGAUCCUGUGGAGACGCGUUUGGAGCCGGGUUCACCGAAUGUGCCACGAGCGGUGUAUGCUACAGCCCCGACGAAGGGGACACUUGCUGUAGCGAAGGAUACCCGUGCCCAGCCGGUUCCUUUUGUCUGGCCGCAGGCAAAUGCUGUCCUGACGGGCUGUCGCCCGAGGAAUGCGCCGCUAAGCUCAGCGUAACACUGAGCCUUACCAAGCAGCCGCAGCCUUCUCAGCAGCCGCCCGCUACGAACACACCUCCACCGCCUGCCAACCCUUCCUCCGCAAAGCCUCCAGUCGUUACUACCCACGUCUGUCCAAGUGGUCCUCAUCCUCCUUAUCCAACCGGUAGUCCCAACGCCACGAUCCCUGGAAGCGGCAAUCCGAACAGGCCGUCCGAUCUACCGGAAUUCACUGGCGCUGCCAGCCCGCAGAAUGGGGUACAGGGUGCCGUCGCCGUUGUUGCUUUGCUUGGGUUUGUUCGGAAUUUCUUGUGA